AUGGCGGCGGCGAACGAAGAGCUGCGGAUGGGCGCGGGCGACGGCGGGCGGCUGUUCCGCAGGGGCCAGAUGAAGACCGGCAUCUGGAGCAUUCCGGAACGCGGCGGUGGUGUGCCGAUUGAGUAUGCAAGGGGACUUGUAGAGUGGGUCGGCUCGACUGGGAUGGGUGGCGUGGGGGCUGAGGGUUCUUUGGGCAAGAAAGCGAUGAUUUGGGAUGCUGAAUGGAAGCGCUUUUAG